UAGAGGGUACACAUACUGCUACAAGCGUUAUACGAAAGUCAAAAUCUCCACAGAUUUUACAAACAACGUCGUGAUCUCCUCAAGAUCCAAAAAACGUUUCUUGUGAGAUACUGAAUCGCAAGUCAAGUUCGGAUAAAAAAACAGCAUUAAAGGCAGCAAUGGAGCAACAAUAUUUCAAGGGGAAGAAGGGGCAAGCUAAUAUUAAUGGUUUCAAUUGAACUGUGUUUAUUUGGAGACCGAGAGAUAUUCAAGCCCCAUAUAAAUUAUUUUGGGUGUCCGACGUAAUAAAGCAAAACCGACUGACGAUAUACAGCUCGUAAAGCGUGUCUCAAUCAUACAGAACAAAAAUCCCGUGGGGGACUACGGACCACGGGAGAACCCGGGUUGCAGUAAAAAAGUUACCAGCUAAUAAUUUGUGAUUUCAGCGCCUCCUAAGCUUGAGCACACAUAGAUUGUCAUAUUUGGGUUAACCAAUAUUUGUUAAAGGUUUGGAGCUUCGUUCUCUGGAAUCGUUGUGACUAACAAAAGCAGCUGACACCCAUCACUGGGCCCUGGCCACCCACCACCCACGCAUAAUGACUGCCACCACCAGUGCUGCCCACGCGAGAGAUCUAUAUAUUACCUGAACGCGAUCUUUUGUGCUUUCGAUAUAUACCUAUAUGUAUACAUGUAAAACGCAAAAUGUGAUUGUCAAUACGAAGCCAAAUGAGUGGAGAAUGUUCAGAUGUCGUAUCCAUUAUAAACAACGGCAAAAAAUCUCGUGCAAAAUGUUCAGUUUGUGGUAAGACAUUUUGUAGUGAACGAAGAUUAAACUACCACAAACGAGUUCAUGCAAAGAACAACUCUUUGAGAUGUGAAGAAUGUUACAAGCCGUUCAUGUUUGCCAGUCAUUUAAAACGCCAUAUGGAUGUUCACACUGGUGAGAAGAAACACAAAUGUAGCAUAUGUGAAAAGCGAUUUUCUCGCACAGAUACCCUAGCUGAGCAUAUGAGAUCCCAUACAGGACAUAAGCCCUACAAGUGUGAUCUCUGUGAGAAAUCAUAUACUCAGUUGUCCACUUUGAAACUUCAUAAAGCAUUGCAUUCUGGCGAAAAACCCUACAAAUGCAAAAAAUGUGGUGUGGUAUUUGCCACUUCUUCUGGUCUACACCAGCACAAAAAAACCCACACUGGAGUGAAGCCACAUGUUUGUGUCACUUGUGGCACAGCAUUUUUACAUUCGUCCAACCUGGUCCGUCAUACAAGGCUGCAUACUGGGGACAAACCUUAUAAAUGUGAUAUCUGUGGCAUGUGCUUCACCCAAAGUGGUAUCCUGACAAAUCAUAGGAGAACACAUACUGGAGAGAAACCUUUCAAAUGUGAUGUUUGUGGCAAAGCAUUUUCACAGUCUGCUGGUUUGGUCUGUCAUAAAAGAACGCAUACUGGUGAAAAGCCAUACAAGUGUAGCAGUUGCGACAAGUGUUUUGCUUAUUUGAGACCUUUAAAAGAGCACAUUAAUCGCCAUAUUAAAGAAGAGUCGAUCAAAGAGAAAAAUCAAGUUUAAUAAAGUAAUGGGUAUUAAGCACAAUUGUUGGUAUUUAGUGUACAUUAAUAUGUCAAGGUGAAUGCUCCUGUGUGUAAUGACAUGGUGUUUGUCUUUGUCUGUAGUAUUGCAUUAAAAAUUAUAACUUAUAAAGAUGUUAAACACACAGCCUGAAUGCUCCUUUGAGUCUUAUUGAGUAAGAAGUUGCAAUGUAUUUGCAAAAUUCUGUAUUCCAUAACAAUAAAAAAAUGCUUCGCUUUAGAUUACUUCUACAAAAAAGCUGUUUGUUUUGAGUAAUUUUUAGCAUAAUUGAGAGAAAUGAAAAAAAACAGGAUACAUACCCAGUUAACAAUAGUGGGAAUGAGAGUGUUAGACCUAUCAUGUAGUUUUGGUUUUAAAAAAAUAAACCAUUCACACAAUGACAAAUAUCAGCAAAUUUGGGGAUACUUUCUUAAUGAAUUUUCCUUAAUGCUAUACAUAAAAGGCUAAUUGCCAUUUUCUAGUUUCAUAAGACUUUUUGGAAACACAUUUCUAUUGAGCUUUUCUAACUAAAAAUUACAUUAGUAUAUUAAAUUUUAAUUGCCAGUUUUUCAAACCUGCAGCUCUUAUUUGAGGUUUAGAAACAUUCUACUUGUUAGUGAAAGUCAGUAUUUUACAUAUAUGAUAAUACACUUGUUUCAUUAGCAGCUUAGUUUCCAGUAGAAUUCUGGUUGAUUAUUUGAUUAAUAUUAGUACUGUGUGAGCAAUGGCGUAGCCAGCCUGACAAUUUCGUCAUGCUAUGCUAAUAUC